CAUUUUGUAAUGGAGACUAAAAUAAUUAUGACUUACCUGAUCAUAAACUUUUCUCAAGGCUGGUGCCAUUUUAUUUGUCAGCGUACCUGGAAAUGAAAAAAAGGAAUACAAAAGUGAAAAUUUGCUGAGUUCAACUCUCGAGUUCACUCAACUUUUUCUUCACUCCAUUUCUUGCUGUCGAACAGAGUCAAGUUUGCCAAUUUUUUUCUACUUUCAAGGAGAUCUCCAGUACUUUUUUUGUAAAAUGUUAUCAAAAUUCGCUGAUUCGCAGAGAGACAAUAGUCAACCCCCUAAAAAGAAAGUUUUAUUGCACAAGUACGUGCAUGAACCGUCUCCGGGCUCUACUAUCCAGAUUUGUGUAAAAAAUGAAGCUGGUGAAUUAAUGGAGAUUCAAGAAUGUUCACCACCAACUUCCCAACAAGUCAGCGCUACCCGCUUUCCUUGGAGAACAUCAUCUCCUCCUCCUCCAGAAAUAGGAGAAACAUGGAUUCCCCCCACAAAAAACAGCAUGGCGGAUUACAUUUUCAAGCACGUCAAGGCACAUCUCGGCUACUCUGGGGAGGAUAGGUUGAUGAAGACGUCGGAUGACAUGAAGAAAUUGUUAAGAUCAGGAAGGACAUUGAAAGUCAUCAAACCCGGCCAGACUCCAACACCACGUACACUCAAAAAUAGAGAGAAGAACCCUCUCAAAAAGAAAAACAGUUCUGAGACCAGAGAAAUUAUUGAUGUGAAAUUUAGCCAUGGGCGAAUAACCUGGAAGACAAGCUCGACAUGUCAAUUUGAGAAUUGUUGGAAAACUUCAAAAUUAGAUGGGUCAUGUGCUGACCAUUCCAGUUCCUAUUCGACCCAUUUCCUUAUCAAAGAUGACAAUAAUCCUAUUGUUACAACUUUCCUUCUUUCGACGCCUGUUCAUGUACAAAACACAAAAUACAAAUUAAACGAUUUCAUCGAAGUGGUCAGAAAUGAUAAGCGACACUACGCGUCUUUUCAGAAAUACAAAGAAAGAAGACUGCAGGAAAAACUCCCACCUAGAUGGACUCUACUCACGCCAAAACCAUGGGUCGCCAAGAACUUGGACUCGUCUCGGAUAUUCCACCAGACUAUCGCAAUAACUCUUUGUAUUAUAACAAUGAUGAAUGCGAAUGAGGGAAAUCAGAAGCAACGGCUGCAAUUUAUCAGAGAUCAGGUGUAUAUUGAUAAAGUGGAUUGGGAAGCAGUGAAAAAAAUUCUAGAGAGCAGCGGAUUUUCAAUUUCACUUGGGGAACCUUCAGACUUAGGGGAGUUGAAAGAGUCCCCUCUACUCAAAAUUGCAGACCUUUCCUGGAGAGAAGGCGAUGAAUGGAUAUACAUGAAAUUUGGAACAAUUAGAAAAAUUUAUGUUGGUACAUCAAAACAAGACCACAGUAGAGGACCGAUGCCAGAAUCGUACAUUCCUAAACGACAUCUUAUUGUUGACCCACUCGCCAAAGGAAUCUCCAUUUUUCAAUGUGAAGACGAAGACCAAACUAUUCUCAACUCCGAGACAAGCAAGAUGGAAGGAAUUGGUCAAAUGGGAGUUUUGUUUUGCAAGAUGUUGGGUGGUGAGAUCGAUGACCAUCUAAUCCAGCCUGACUUUAGCAAGUAUGAGAACUUUUCUGACUGGGAGGACCGGCAUAUGGAGAGGAUGAAGAUGUUUUUCGCGUUUUGGUCAUCUCGUGAACUUGAAUUCACCCCACCAGCAACCCUUGAUAUCAAAUCUAUUAAUUGGGGACCAGCAACAAAACAUCUUCAAAUCAACUCCAAUUGAAAUAGUUGUCAUUGUUUAAAUUUUUUUCCGUGUAUUAUUGCAAUAUUGAAGUAAAUAUUAAUUGAUUGUUGUAUACUCUAUCGCUCCGGAUAUUUUUGUUUGGUAAUAAAUUUAUAUCAAACCAGUUAAA